AUGUUUGCUGCAAGCCAGGACACCCAAUUUGAAGAGGUCGACGGUAGCACUGACGACAAACCCAUAUUUGUACCGUCGCAAGUAAGUGAAAAUGCUUUCAAAUUGUUUCUUUCUAUCUGUUACAAUAAGCCUGAUGCCCUCAAGAUACCUAACGACACUGUCAUUCAACUACUGGAGCUGAGCGACAUGUAUCUUUGCAAAGAUGCUCGUGACUAUGCUGUUCGCAAUCUCCAGCACAACUGCUACUCACUUGAAUCGACACGACUUAUUUCACUCGCUUUGAAGUACAACAUCAAAGACUUCUUGCUGCAUGCUUUCGAGCGCCUCGUUUCAGCUUGCAUCAAUGACAUAUCCGAUGAUGAAUGUCACGCUGUUGGGCCCGUUGUGUGGAACACAAUGUUCAAGGUCAAGGAACGUCUGGAUGUACACCGUCGGAUUAUUGCAUGUGAAGCCCCACCUAUGGUACAUACAGGAACUUGCACGAAGCAAAAGAGAUGCGAGGAGGACUGGAAGCAGUUGUGGUGGAAUAGAAUGGGUUGGUUUCUGCUGGAUGGGCGAAAUCCACAACCUUACAAGGAUGCCGUCGAACGGUUUGAGAAACUUGACAUUGGCGAGAUAAACCUGGAUUGCUGGAAAGCUGUAUUAUUCAUUGUGAAAGGUCAAAGUGCCUUCGAUCACAAGCGAAAACUUAUCACUUGCACAGCUGACAAUCUUGCAAAAUACCUGAUUGUCGAGCCCAAAUUCGAAGAUUUUGGCUGUGCAGUUUACUAG